GCUGAUCAGCUGGACGAUCGUCCUCAACGGAGUCUCUGCUCAGAGGACCAGAGUGCGCCGUCAGAACAUGAGGGUCCGGAUCAACGCCACCGGAGACACCAUCGUGAUGAAGUUCGUGCGUUCGAGUCCCGACGUGAAGCUUGAAGGUUACAUCCUCGGAUACGGAGGCAGCUUGUUCUCCAGACAGUUCAUCACACUGCCGGAGAACGGAGAACCCUACGAGACCGAACUGGAUGCUGAACCUAAAUAUCUGGUUGCUGUUCAGCCGGUUCCAGUCAACGACGUGAAGAAACACUGUACAGGUAAGGUGAACCUGGAGAAGCCGCUCCACCUGGUGAUCGGCUCCGUCAGUCCCGCGGCCGUCCUGCUGUCUUGGGGAAACUACCUGAAGACGCCGUACGAGGGGAACGUGAUGAACGAGUGUCUGGAGGACGGGUUCUACACCAUCCGGUACAGGGAGAGGAACAGGAAGUGGAUCUAUCAAACCUGCCCGACCAGCGACACGGUGGUGGACAACCUGAAACCCAACACGCCGUACGAGUUUGGAGUCCGCUCCAACAAGGGGGACCGGAGCGGGAUGUGGAGCAAACCCAUGAUCCACAACACCAACAUGGGCAAUAAAAACACACAGAAAACGUACAAACUACGUAAUCCUCUGGCUAAACCGCUGAAACCUCACUCUCUGUUCCCUCCUCGUCCCGCUCUUCACAACAGGACUCGACUUUCUCCUCUGCUCAAAAACUCAGCUUUCCCCGGAGCUCCUCGCACUUCCUUUGCGCCGCCUGAGAGCCAACAGGAAACUUUACCUCCUCUCGGCUCCGCGGAGCCCAAACGGCCUCUUGUGUCCCUCGAUGAAGGGAACGCCGUUACAAACGACACCAAGCGACCAGCGGAUCCACUUCCUGUCCUCCCCAAACUCCUGCCCACCAUAGCCCCUCCCACCGACACCGAGGCGCUCCUUAAAUUACCCUCCAAGGGCAACUCACUUCAGGGGUCGACUACUAAGGCGCCCUCUAAUCCACCGGUGAAGCCUCAUGACCCUGCCGCUUUCGGCAAAUCCCAGGACGGAUCUUCUCUGCUGAGAUCAGCUGUAGCCAAUGAGAGAGCCAGAGCUAACAGCUGGGGUGACAGCAGCCUCAGAGCUCCGUCUCCUCGACGGACUCUGAACCCGUUCAACCCGUCAGGUUCUUCGGUUUCCAGAUCCAUGAGACCGCCGGGGUCCAGAACCCCCCCCUCCUCCUCCUCUAACGGCCUCAGGCAGACCUCCUCCUCUAGACCCAGUAACAAGUCCCCGACCUCUGGGAUCCUCGGGGAGUUGAUACCAAACAGCAGAGUCGUGGAGACCAACACGAGGACUCUGCUGGUUCUGGUUCUGGUUCUGGUUCUGGUUCUGGCUCUGGCUCUGGUUCUGGUUGUUCUGGUGUGGGGUUCAGGUCUCCUCCUCCUCCUCGUAACACUGGGUUUUGUCCCCACAGUUAACGGACAGCCUCAUCGGGGCGUUUCCCCCCCCAGACCGGCCUUAUGGUCCCGACCUGGACUCGGAUCACCUGCUCGCCCGUUAAUACCGAUCAACAAGAAACCGAAUCUGGUCGGGAAACCCGGAGAAACCGACAAGGUGAACAACUUUAAACAGACGGACAAGCUGCCGAUCCUCAAACCCAAAGUCCUGCCGGCGACCACCAAGCCGACCAAAGUGGACCGCAAACAGACCACAACCGGAGCGCCGACAACAGCAGCCACUCGACAGGAAACCUGGGAGGAUUCGGACCUGUUCAAGUCCCAGCCAGCCUCUGACCUUGACGCCCUGGGGAAGAAGCGCUACGUGGCGCCUCAUGUCGUCUACCAAACGGGGAAGAAACCGGACGAGCCUUGCUCCAUCACCUCCUCCCUCAACUACUUCCCCGUGGAUGAAGCCGGCGGGGCGAACGUGAUGGCUCCGCCCAAGUCUCCGCCCUCCAACCUCACGGUGGUGACGGUGGAGGGCUGCCCGUCCUUCGUCAUCCUGGACUGGGAGAAAACGGACAACGACACCACCGAGUACGAAGUCAUCUCCACUGCUAAAGGACCCGACGGAGAGCAGGUCUCCAUCCUGAUCACCAACCAGACCCACACCACCGUGGAGAACCUCAAACCUGAGAGCAGUUAUGAGUUUAAGGUGAAGCCAAAGAAUGAGCUGGGUGCUGGUCCUCUCAGCGAACCGGUCUCCUUCAACACAGAGUCCGCGGAUCCUCGAGUGAGCGAGAACGUCUCAGGAAAAGACGCCAUCUGGACCCAGUUCCCCUUUAAGACGGACUCGUACUCGGACUGUCACGGGAAACAGUACGUGAAGAGAACCUGGUAUCGGAAGUUUGUCGGGGUCCAGCUGUGCAACUCGCUCCGGUACAAGAUCUACCUGAGUGACUCGCUUAAUGGUAAAUUCCACAACAUCGGGGAUCAGACUGGAUUCGGUGAGGAUCACUGUCAGUUCGUCGAUUCGUUCCUGGAUGGAAGAACCGGCCGGCAGCUCCAAGCAGACCAGCUCCCUUCCAGACCAGGUUUCUACAGGGCCGUGCGUCAGGAGCCAGUCCACUUCGGACAGAUAGGAGGAAACUCCCACGUCAACUACGUCUCCUGGUACGAGUGUGGGACGCCCAUCCCCGGGAAAUGGUGA